AUGCCUGUGUUACAAUGCAGCAGCCAACAAAACACGAUUGCCGAGUCGAAACGAGCAGCAGCUAAGGCUUGCGUGGAUCGCUUCAUCUGCAGUGGCACCUUGCUGGGGCUGGGCCCGGGCGAGAUGGAUGUUGUUGGCGUGCCAGUAUGUGACGCUGCCGCCCACGAGGCGGCAUUCCACGGGGUACCCCUGGUGGCGGAUGGUCGCGCGACGGAGGCUGCAGUUGUGGUGGCGGACGCAGACCAAUUCGACAUGAAGGCAAAUGCGGCACUUGUAGGAUGCGCCGCCGAGCCACAGCAACCUGAUGUUCCCAGGCUCCUUGCCGCAUUAACGACCCGUGGGUCUGCGUCAGGGUCCAGCAGCGACACUGGUCCUGUCCUCGUGCUGUUGGUCGAGUCCUCCAGGGCGGACAGCUGGGAGGAACACGCAGAGCAACUAGACGACAUCUUCCUGGGUGAUGCGGAGCUCUGGCGGCGAUCCUUCGCGGGACAACCCGAGAAUCCCCGGGGCGGCGACCAUCCGUACGUCAGCCCUCAGGGCUACACCAUCGUGGACGUGCGGUUUUACGAGGGACUUAAACUGUACGGCGAGAAUGAGCCGUACGAUAAGAUUGCUGAUGAGGUCCAACAAGUUGCGGGAGUCGCUGGACAUGGGCUGCUCAUUCGGAGAGCGGCGGCCGCGGUGAUAGCUCGGCCCGGAGAUGAAGGGCCGCAAGUUGUCGAGUUUUGA